CAGCGACCAUGACUGGUGAGGCAGGUAGUGGUAGUGGUGGUGGUGGGGGAGGCCAGGAGGGCCCCCACACUGAGGGACCCCAGGGGAGGGGCCGGUGUCGACGGGCCCACACUCACCACAACUUCACAUUACAAACUUUUCAACUUGAGUCUUGAGACAUGGGGUUCCAGUUGGGUCGAGCAAGGGAGUUUGUGAGGAGGAACAUAGUAUUAUUUGUUAUGAUUCCAACACUCAUUGGCUUGCACUAUGGCUGGCAAAAGGUUCAAGAAAUUGAAAUAUAUGUCCCAAAGCAUGAGCGCAAGGAUCUUCCAGUUGUACAGGGUGCAAAGUAUAUUCAAGAAGAGCUGAGGAAUAAACUAGGACUUAAAAAAGAAUAAUACGCAUUCUUCAUUUUGUAUAUACUGUACAGUUCUUUUAAGUAUGUCAGGUGCACGAUUAGAGGAAGAGCGUGUGAAGGGCUUGUUUUGCCAUAGUGUGCUGGACCCAUCUUACAUCUCGAUGUUAACACAGUACCGGAAACUACUAUUCUCGGUAUAUGGACCAAAAGGAAGCUCAAUUUUGAUAUCAAAUUCUGUCGGAAGGGAGAGUUUGGCUGCAUCAUCAUCUGCAAUCAUUAAGGAGUUAUCAUUUGCCCAUCCAAGUGUGAAAUAUAUUAAUGCUCUGAUAAGUGCUCAGAAUUCAUCUUGUGGUCUUAAUGGCCUCUACACUGGGAUGCUCUGUGUAAGAUUGUUAGAAGAAUCCCACGAGUGUGAGAGGGACAUACCUCACCCUCUCAUUAGCAGUGUGUCGGAAUGGAUUAUAUCUGAACUACUGGAACUCCUAGCGCAUUCGCCUGACGAGGUCAUCAUGGACUUGGAUAUCGGGGACAUGAAACAAGUCACAUCAUUUGUUAAAACUAUACUUGGGACAAAGAAUUGUUUAAAUCUUAGUAGCAUGGAAGUUGAUGACCUUACUCUCAGUAUUGUUAAAGCAUUUCUCAAGAGCAUCCCCAAUGAAUACUCUUCUGGUGGUUUUGGUCAUGUUGCUGUUACCACCCAAGAGGAAUCUUCAUCUACAAAUACCAAGGUCUUUGAUGGUGUCCUGUACAGGGAACCAGACAUUAGUCCACAACGAAUUGAGAAGUUUAAAGGGUUAGGCAGUAUCAAUAUUGUGCUUUUCACUGUCCCCUUGUUAUAUAUUGAGAGGGAGACAGAAUCUGUAUGUUGGAGAGCAGGUGGAACAAAAGAGGAGAUCUUUAUCAAUAAAGUUGUUCCAUGUCUUCUUUCAUGUAUGAAGAGGAGGAAUAUCCACAUUCUUGCCAACCAAAAGCAAGUGCAUCCAAUUAUCAAGUUCGAACUUGAGCGAGAAGGGUUUUUGGUGCUAGAAAGAAUGGGUACAAACUUAUCUGAGGCAAUGACCAAACUGAGUGGUUGCCAUGCCAUCAGCAAUUUAGGUAAUCUAGCCCUGGAAAUGAAUACUGUUCUUCUUGGGAGGCUAAACACUGUAGAGCACAUUGUAUAUAAUGGAAAAAGUUACAUUCUGCUUGACCAUGAUGAGGGCUCUGUAUCAACACUCCUGCUUCCUGUAGCAAACCCAAUUGUUCUCUCAACUCUUAAGGAGACAACAGAGAGUUGUCUAGCAGCCUUAAGGUUGGUGGUGGUGGAUGGGAAGGUGGUGGCUGGUGGAGGGUGUCUGGAGGCAUGGGCUGCAAGCAAAGUCAAAUACCUCGUUAAUACCAACAUGCAACACCUUGUUGAUCUCACUGAUGCUUCACCUCACCAUAUUUUCAAGAUUGCAAGUAACUUCAUCCGUGUAUUCAUGGAAAUGGCUCUUCGGCCCAGAGGUGGACCCUCAACAACAAGGUUUGAUUGGUCUGUAGACUCUGUCUUCCACCAUUUGUGGCACACCCAGCCAAGAGUUUCAAGAGAAGAUGAAGGUGGAAGCUGCAGUACACAAACAUCAAAUGUCACAUGUGUGUGUGGUUUAGUAAGAGAAGUGGUUAUAAAGAAUAAAUACAAUGGACUGUGGUACCCUGUUGAAUUCGAGUUACAUCAUGACUUUACAGAGCAAAGGUCACAUUGUAGUGAAAAUGAUGGAUACAUGAAAGCAACUGUGUCUCCAAGAAGUACAAAUGGUUGCAGCAUGAAAUCAGAUGAGAGUACAAAGAGCAGUGAUUCAUCAUUGAGUGACUUUGGCUUCCAUAACCUUGACUUGGAAGCUGAUAGCCUAGAUGAGGCAGGAGGCACUACAGAAGAAGAAGUGGAUAGUCUUGAGAAAAUCAUAGAUACUCAAGAAGAAGAAAUUGACAGUUUAGAAGGAAAAAUUAACAGCUUUGAGGUUGAGGAAGAUAUGGACAGUUUGGAAGACGUGUUGGAUGGAAUUACCGAGUCAAGUCAUCUAAAAGACAACAAGCAUUCAAAAAUUAAACUUGAGACACAGGUACAGGGAGCAUUGUAUGACAGUUUCCCUGCAAAGUACAAUGCUAUUCGACUUGCCCUUGAAGGCUUUACCCAGUUGUUUCAUGUUGGUCAGUGUGUAUUUGAUAAGUGACAAGCUUAUUUUAAUUUAGUGAUGUACAGUGAAUAAAGGUAGCUUUAA